CUCAUCUCUGAGCGUAAGUGUAUGCAUUUCAAGUUUGAAUCGUUUGAAUUACGAACAUUUUCCCUUACGAAAUCUCUUUAAGUAUUACCGAAACAAAGUAAACAAUUUAAUAACACCAUGAGACCGGCUCAAAGGCGACAACAAGGUUUGCAGUAUGGCAUACUUUUGUUAUGCAUGCAGGCCGCUAAUUUUGGAAUUGAGAAAAUCCCGCCGGCAACGUUGAUCGGAGUUGUGGGACAGGCUCUGUUGUACACUGGAUUCAUAAAGGUUCCAUGGAAUGCCGAGGAAGCCUGCAUAUCUGCCCUUAAAAUUUUUAAACAUCGCGACUGGAAGAGCUUUAUCGUAUCAAACUUUGAACACGGGUCCGAUAUGCAUCUUUAUUACAAUAUGAUUUCCUUUAUCUUAAAGGGCGCGUACUUAGAACCCAUGUAUGGUACGGCGAAUUUUGUCAUCCUGUUAGCUUUUCUGUCGCUGGGUUGCAGCUCUAUGUACGUUCUUUUAGGGUAUCUCCUAACUGAAAUUACCGCCGACUAUUCUUAUUAUACCGCCUGUGCGAUCGGCUUCUCCGCGGUCCUUUUCGCUUUGAAGGUUAUAACGGUGUGCGAGGAACGCGAUAAAAUGCAAAACGUCGGAGGGAUCGUGGUUCCUAGUAAAAUAGCGGUCUGGCUAGAGCUGAUCUUAAUUCAUCUGUUGGUACCUAAUUCUUCGUUAAUCGGUCAUUUAGGCGGAAUUCUAAUCGGCUGUCUUUACUGUUACACCCAAAUCGGCGAGAUAAUAGACGACGUCGUUUAUAAAAUAACAGGAAAGCUAAUCGUUCACGAAGAGCAGUUUUACAGAAGGCGCGGUAUCUUUUUUAGGCUUUAGUUACGGGUAAAGAAGAAUUUAAGCGUAAUCAUACGAUUAAUACAGUACCUGUGAUGUGAGAAAAUAUUAUUUAACGACGGACCGUUUCAUAUUAAGUUUGUGAUAGAAAGAAAGAAAAACUGUAAACCCAGGGGGAAAUAUAUAUAUUUAUAUAUUUUGUA